UUGCUUUCGCUCGCGCAGCCUACACGCCUGCACAUUGCUCCCGAAGUUGAUGUGCAAGUUGUGUGCUUGCAUCGGGGACUCGUGACCAGUGUGCACACCUAAAGAUACAACGUACGCGUUACCGAACGACGUCGCGGCUUCGCGUCGGGUUGCACUGCUGCUGUUGAGUGCGCGCACGCCUGUUGGCUGGUUAUUUUCCUUCUCCGUGAACUGCGCGCCACCGACCGUAUACUUACCUUGACGACAGAUGGUCUCGAUAAUGUGCGCACUGUGAUUGCGUCCCGACUUUUCUUUUUCGCGGUGGGCGAUAAAGUUUUCAAUCGGUGAGUUGAGUGGCUGAUAGCCUCCGGCCUCGUGACGCGGGGGCGUAUUCGGGGCGCCCUGUCAGAUCGGCCGAGCACGCCGAGUUUUCUUUCGUCGCUGGUCGCUGGCGGAUAGCAGCAGCCGACGACAUUCAGCCGCCAAACGAUGGCCUGGACCAAGUACCAAGUAAUCCUCGCGCUCAUGCUCGUCUUCACAGGCUCCAUCAACACGCUGGCGACCAAAUGGGCGGACUCGUCGUAUUCGAUCGGCCGGGACGGCAAGCUGAGGCUCUUCGACCAUCCUUUCCUACAGGCGGUCGGCAUGUUCUUGGGCGAACUGUCGUGCCUGCUGGCGUUCCGUGUCGUCUUCUUUUACUACACGCGGAAAGCCAAAGCGGGCGAGCCCGUCGAGCUGCCUGCCAGUGUGACCGGCAGUCGCGACUUCAAUCCGCUCAUCUUCUUGCCUCCGGCCAUGUGUGAUCUGGUCGGCACAUCCAUCAUGUACAUCGGGCUCAACCUUACCUAUGCUUCCAGCUUCCAAAUGCUCCGAGGUGCGGUGAUUAUCUUCACGGGCCUGCUGUCAGUGGCGUUCCUGGGGCGCCGGCUGCGGUCGUACGAGUGGCUCGGCAUCCUCUUGGUCAUGUGUGGCCUGGUCGUGGUUGGCAUUUCGGACAUCAUCUUCCCUGACAGCCAUGCCACCAAGGGCCCCAACAGCAUCAUCACCGGUGACUUGCUCAUAGUACUGGCCCAGGUGAUCACUGCUUCUCAGAUGGUCAUCGAGGAAAAGUUCGUCACCAAGUACAAGGUGGCACCACUGCAGGCUGUUGGCUGGGAAGGCUUUUUUGGCUUUGUGGUGCUGGGCACCUUGCUGGUGCCUAUGUACUUCAUCCCAGCGGGCAACACCAUCUUCCAGAACCCUGGUGGCCAGCUGGAAGAUGCUAUCGAUGGCUUCAUUCAAAUUAAAAACAGCUGGCAGGUCUGCUUGGGUGUUAUUGGCACGGUGCUCAGCAUUUCCUUCUUCAACUUUGCCGGAAUCAGCGUGACGAAGGAGUUGAGCGCCACAACGCGCAUGGUCCUGGACAGCGUGCGCACCCUGGUUAUCUGGCUGUUCUCUCUGGCCGUCCGUUGGCAGAGCUUCAAUUGGACGCAGAUAGUCGGCUUCCUGGUGCUCAUCCUAGGCAUGUUCCUCUACAACAAUGUCAUAAUCCGGCCCUUCCUGUUGAGCCGUGGGUGGAUCAAGGACAGUGAGGCAGAGGGCGACCUCAGUGGGCUAAUCCAAGAAGAGCGGGCCGGUUCGUCUCGACCACCUUCUAGUGCAGAUGGCUCAAACGCUUGAUGCCGCAGGGCGCAGAAGUGCCUCCUGGUCGCCAAAGUGUAGUAAACUCAAGCCAGCGCUCGGUGCACGAAAUUAGUGGGACUGUGGUCAGUCCUUCUAAAGGACCUCUGAGCAGGUUGUUUUUGAAGGAACACGUGUAGAUGUUGGAUCGGUUACAGUCCUGAUCCCGGUCCCUGGGUCUGCUUUGCGACUUUAGUUGGCUUGUUAGAGUUGCCCUGUGGUACUGCUAACAAUACAUAGCCAACGUCCAGACCACCAGACAAUCAUUUGUGGCGUGUAUUUCCUGGGACCAUAGUCUACUGGUGUUGCUGCUUCCUUCUUUGUUUUGGCUGUCAAAGCAGCCAUCAAAAGAGCGAGCAGCUUUUAGUGCCUUGAGAUGCUCAGUUGUGCUAACCCAAUUCGAUGGUGCCUUGGUGCAUUGCUGUGUGCUUACCCACCUUUGGAAGGACCCCUCUGGAACAGACCAGUGCUGCAAGUGUACCUAGUGGCUGCGAGUGUUUUGGCUGAGCAGUGGACUGUUUUGCCAUGAGCCUGACUGUACAGCGAGACCUUUUAUUUUUUAUUUUUUCAAGUGAGAGUAUUGUUAAAGCAUGUCUUGUCAUGUGGCACCAUGUGCACUCUUACGGGCAGUGUCUGCUAGAAAGUUGCAAAGUUCCCGUGCAACAUUAGAAUGUUGUUUUGGCUGAGCUCGUAGCUGGCCUAAAGGCCCUGCGAUGUCUUGAGCAGGACUUGUUGCAGCGUGUAAAUGUGCAUCUGGAUAUCAAUCUCUGUUCUUGAUGGAGGAGAUAUAUCUUUUUCUGUAGAUGUUGUGUUAUCUGCGGUGGAGUUACACAAUUCAACCAACACAGUUCCAGGCACUGUUUGCAGAAGUCUAUGCAGGCAUAGCCUGUGGGCACGGUACCAUCGGAGAAUCUCGAUAAUCGAGUACUCUUCCCGACGAGUAAAGGAGCUCUCAUAUUCUAGCUGCCGAUGGAUCCCUCACAUCCAGAUGAUACUUGAGUGCAAGCACACUGCAUGUUCAUAAGUGCACAUUGCACUUUUAGGAUGCACACUUACAGUACAGCCACCACCUUGGCCAGUGUUGUCUUUUUAAUAUAUGGAACAGUGCUACUGUGCAGUGCUCUUUGCCAUUUGGUAUGCCAUUCCAAAGGUGCAAGUACUUUAAACCCUUGUUUUUGAUGUUUCUUUAACUUUGUUGAUUAGUAGCCAUGGAGAGUAUCUACAAGAAUACCCAGUCACAUGUUGAGCGUAUUUCGUUAUAGCAUUAUUUUGUGCAAGCAUACUCUUGUAGUUUUAUGCUCUGUGCAUACUUCCUUGUGAGGCAUCUUCUGGCCAUCAUGCACGCACUGAAGGCUUGUGUGUUUAAGAUUACGAGCAGUAUCGAAACUUGACUCUGUUGCGGCGUGACAAUUUUAGCACUGAGUGCAUUCAUUGCAGUUGAAGUGGCAAACAUGGUGUUUCGAUGCAUGGGCCACAACGGGUUUUUUUAUUAUGUUGAUAUUACUGUUUCUCUGACUAAACUUUUAACGUGUCUGUUAGAUGGCCAUCAUGGCUUCAAGGGAAAUUGUGAUGCACGACCAAGUGGCCAGUUCCGUGUGCCCUUGAAGGUGCUCCGUCUUUAUUAAAGGUUACAUGUCU